AUGAAGUUCACACUCACCGCCGCAACUGCAACAGCCAUUCUCUUCGCAUCUACCGUCAUUGCGGCUCCUCAAAAUGGUAUGACAUAUGCAUCUUACGGGAGUUAUGGGGCGCCUAGCUACAAUCCGAAACCUGCAGAUAAACCCGCGGCGGCACCAGUGGUGGCACCUGGCCAAAACACAGGAUCACCUUUCGUCUUCACCAGCACAUAUAAUGUAGUUGCUCUUGGAUCCGAAGUCAGAAAUGGCACCGUGUCAGUUCCUGGUCCUUCGAAUGCAAUUGGAUAUUUCAAUUAUGGUAUCAAUUCACGUGAAGACACCAUUUGCUAUAACAUCACUCUCAUAAAUGUUGCUGGAACUUAUCAAUCCCCGGCCAAGACGGCCACUCACAUUCACGAAGCCGCUCGCGGUACAUCCGGUCCUCCUCGUCUUGCGUUUCCAAACCCAGUUGGAGAUGAUUCUCGUCGCGUUAGCCUUGGAUGUAUUAUUGGUCCUUUCACCACUGGUCUCAAUGGCGCUAAUGGGCAGGAUACUGGCACGGGUUUCAAGGUUUCCCAGAUUGAGGCUAAUCCGGCGGGAUUCUUUACUGAUGUUCACUCUAAUUUGUUCCCUUUGGGUGUCGUUAGAGGUCAAUUGGCUUGA